ACCAUGUCUCUGUACCGCAACUCAGCCUGGUUCCUGAAGGGAGUGACCGAGUUCACCAGGAGUGCCUUCCUGUCAGCCUCCAAGCGGUUUGUGGAGAAGGACCUGGAGGUGUCCAUGGCGGGACGCUCCUUCAUGAUAACAGGAGCCAACAGCGGCAUUGGUAAAGCCACCGCCAUGGCUAUCGCUAAGAAAGGUGGAAUCAUCCACAUGGUAUGCAGGAACAAGGACAAGGCUGAGGAGGCAAGGGCUGACAUCGUCAAGGAGUCAGGAAAUAAAGAGGUGUACGUCCACAUCCUGGAUCUGUCUGAGACCAAGAAGGUCUGGGAGUUUGCCGAGGCCUUCAAGAGGAAGUACAAGGCUCUCAAUGUACUGAUCAAUAACGCAGGCUCUAUCAUGAGUCAGAGGGAUGUGAAUGUCGAGGGGCUCGAGAAAAGCUUCGCCACCAACGUCAUGGCGAUUUACAUUCUCACAAAGAGUCUCAUCCCCUUGCUGGAGAAGAGCGCAGAUCCCAGAGUGAUCACAGUGUCAUCAGGGGGGAUGUUGGUGCAGAAGCUGAGGACAGGAAACCUCCAGUCUGACAGAGGCCGCUAUGACGGCACCAUGGUCUACGCCCAACACAAGAGGCAGCAGGUGGUGAUGACAGAGCAGCUGGCCAAGACUCACACUAACAUCCACUUCUCCGUCAUGCAUCCUGGCUGGGUGGACACUCCAGCGGUGGCUAAUGCCAUGCCAGACUUUCACAGUUCUAUGAAGGACAGCCUGCGGACCCCGGAGCAGGGGGCAGACACCGUGGUGUGGCUGGCUAUCUCUGAGGCUGCCAUCACAAACCCCAGCGGACGCUUCUAUCAGGACCGAAAGAUGGUGUCCAGCCACCUGCCACUGGCCUGGACCCACAGCUCCUCCCUGGAGGAGCAGAAGUUAAUGUCUCUGCUGGAGGACUUGGCCAAGACGUUCCAGUCGCAUUGA